UUAUCUUGCUUGCUUGCUUAAAGACCUUCUCUCUCACUCUCUUUUCUUCUCUCUCUCUCAAAUCACACCAAAAGAAACCUAAUAUGCGAUCAUGGAGGGAGGUGAUGAUUUCCACCACCACCACCAACAUCACCAACACCGACAAAACUUCCCAUUCCAACUCCUCGAGAAGAAAGAAGACCAAGACCCCUCUUCCUGCUCCACUUCCUCCCCAUACCCUUCCUUAGCCAUCUCCCCCCAACCCUCCACCUCCAACACCACCACCCUCCUCCCCACACCCUCUCAAGCCUCCCCCAAAAAGCCACCACCCAAAAGAACCUCCACCAAAGACCGCCACACCAAAGUCGAUGGCCGCGGUCGUCGAAUUCGAAUGCCUGCUCUCUGCGCCGCCAGAGUUUUCCAGCUCACGCGGGAGCUGGGACACAAGUCCGACGGUGAGACCAUAGAGUGGCUCCUCCAGCAGGCAGAGCCUGCUGUCAUCGCCGCCACUGGCACCGGCACCAUCCCUGCUAACUUCACUUCCCUUAACAUAUCUCACCGGAGCUCCGGCUCCUCCAUGUCCGUCCCCUCCCAGCUGCGAUCCAACUACUUCAAUUCAAACUUUUCUCUCCAACCCAGGAGAAGCCUAUUCCUUGAAAACACCAAUACUUCCACGACGCUCCUCAACUUUCAAUCCAACAACCCCAUCUCCACUUCCAUUUUCCAACCCAAGCACGAAUUGCGCGACUCCUCGUCCCUGGACCUGUCCUCCGAGAACAACGAAGAGGGUUUGGGAAGGAAAAGACGACCCUUGGAGCAAGACCUAUCCUCGACCAUGCAACACCAAGUCGGAAGCUAUUUGAUGCAAUCAAGCUCCUCGGGGACAAUUCCGGCGAGCCAUGCUCAAAUUCCGGCGAAUAUAUGGAUGGUGGCGAAUUCCAAUAGUCAAGGUGUGAGUGGUGAAGCUCCUCUCUGGACGUUCCCCGGUGUGAGUAACAGUGCCUUGUAUAGAGGAAACAUGUCAAGUGGGUUGCAUUUCAUGAACUUUCCCACCCCAAUGGCCCUUUUACCAGGUCAGCAAUUAGGGUCUUCUGGGAUUGGUGGGAACAUGAACGAAGGGCAUUUGAGCAUGCUUUCGGGGCUAAACCCUUACCGGACGGUGAUCGGCGUUUCGGAAUCUCAGGCGAGUGAGUCACAGUCACAUCACGGUGGAAGCGAGGAUCGGCAUGAUGAUAACUAACACAAGAGGAUGAAAUGAAAUCCAGCAACGUGUUCUUGGAUUCCUACAUGUGUACUAGUUUGGUGUUUUAACACAACGUGACGUGAGGUUUGGUUAUUAUUGCCCUACGAAAUUGAGUUUUGUUUAUUUUGAAAGGAUAAUCAUUAUCAUUAUUAUUAUUUUUUCUAUUUCUUUGGUGUGGUUAAUAUGUUGGAAGAGAAGAGAAGAGAAAAGAAGAGAAGAAGGUUUUUUAGGGUUUGAGAGAGAGAGAGAGAGAGAGAUGACACUAUUUAACAGUUGGAUAUUAUUUGGCUUUAUUUCA